AUGACCCAAGUAGAAUCGCAGACGCCAUGGAUAUGGACCCCAAGAGAGAGAAACUGUCUCUCUCUCCUCCAGGCCAAGCCCCCUCGCUGCGCCGCCCUCCUCCAGAUCCACGCCUUCAUGCUACGGAACCUCCUCUUCACCAAUCUCAACCUCGUCGCCAAGCUCAUCGCCGCUCUCCCCUCCGCCGACCCCCAUGGCGGCGCCCGCCACGCCCGCCGCCUGUUCGACCGAACGUCCCACCGCUUUUCCGACGCCUUCCUCUGCAACACCAUGAUGAAGUCCCACCAGGCCUCCCGCCAGUUCUCAGAGGCCAUCGCCCUGUACGCCCGCCUCCAGAGGGCGGCGGCGGGAUUCUCGCCGGACAACCACACCUUCUCUACCUUGGCCAAGUGCUGCGCCGCCACCUCCUCCGCUCGGGAGGGGACCUCCGUGCACGGCCACGUCAUCAAGUACAGGUUUGGGUCGAACAUGUACGUAGCGACCUCGCUGGUCGACAUGUAUGGGAAGCUGGGCCAGAUGGGCCACUCCCGAAAGGUGUUCGAUGAAAUGCCCGGGAGAAGCCCUGUCUCGUGGACCGCCCUUGUGACCGGAGACACGGCUGCCUACAAUGCGGUGAUCGAUGGUUACUUGAAGCUGGGGCAGAUGGGGCCCGCAAGGCUCCUAUUCGACUCCACACCGGACAGAAACGUGGUGUCUUGGACGGCCAUGAUCGAUGGCUACUGCAGUUGUGGUGACGUGGAUGAAGCUCGAGUUCUAUUUGAUACCAUGCCAUGCAGGAACUUGUACUCGUGGAAUGCGAUGAUCGGAGGGUAUUCCCGGAACAAGCGGCCCAAUGACGCGGUUUUUCUGUUCAAGGAAUUUCUGGCGGGAAACUUUCUCGAAAUGGAUGAUGUCACUGUCGUGAGCAUCCUUCCAGCCAUUGCGGAUUUGGGCGCUCUCGAUUUGGGGAAUCGGGUUCGCGAAUUCGUGAAGAGGAAGAAGCUCGAUAGGUACGCGAACGUUUCGACUGCACUGGUCGACAUGUACGCUAAGUGCGGGGAAGUCGAGAAAGCCCGGAGCUUUUUCGACGGCGCACGAGCAAGAGAGACGAGCACUUGGAAUGCCUUGAUUAACGGCCUGGCGCUCAACGGGCGUGCGAACGAGGCAUUGGAUGUGUUUGUGAGCAUGACGGAAAACGGGUUCGAGCCAGACGAGAUUACUAUGCUUGGCAUCCUCUCGGCGUGUAACCACGGUGGCCUUGUGGAGGAAGGGAAAGGGUAUUUCCGUAAAAUAGAAGAAUUCAAAUUGGUUUCUAAAAUCGAGCACUAUGGCUGCCUAAUGGACCUCUUGGGCCGGGCGGGGCGGCUGGAGGAAGCCGAGAGGCUGAUCGAGAGCAUGCCUUAUGAGGCGAACGAGAUUAUACUUAGUUCUCUUUUGUUUGCGUGUGGGUGUGCUAAGGAUGUGGGAAGGGCGGAGAAGGUGGUGGAGAGGGCGUUUGUGAUGGAACCGGCUAACGAUGGCAAUUACGUGAUUUUGAGGAAUUUGUAUGCGUCACAAAGGAGGUGGAGAGAUGUGGAGAGGAUCAAGAGGAUGAUGGUGGUGGGAGGGGCUAAGAAGGAAGCUGGCUGUAGCGCAGUUGAGGUUGAUGGACAACUUUGGGAGUUUAAUGCGGGGGAAGGUGGACAUCCGUAUGCUGAGGUGGCACGACGGGUGUUGGAUUGGCUGCGGUUUCACAUGGAGGUGUGGGACCCCACUUGUCGAUGCAGAUUGAGGGGGGAUUGGAUCUUGAAAUAUGAAAAGGUUGUGCUGCCUGAGUCUUGUGAGUUUUCUGAUGAGCAAAUGCACGUGCGCGUAAGAGGAUUGGGUUUGUGUUGGGAGUUGGUUGCUGUUGCGUUUGGAAAGGAGGCUAAUUUGGAUUUGACCAAGACGAAAAGUAGACUGCGAACGAGCGAACCUUUUGAGCCAGCAAGUGGUGAUGGUGGCCAUAGGAACCACCCUGUGACAAAUUUCAUUACCUACACUGGAUUCGAGGAGUUUGUGCCAAGAACUUGCACCUAA